ACUGUAGAACAGAACCACUACAGAGUGCCAGUUUGUAAUUGUUAUUUACACGGAAUAAAUCCAGGAUAUUUUUACCUGUGUUGCUUGAAAACAAAAUGGCGAAAUCUUUACAGGAUUCAUCUACAUAUUUUAUAACAGCAAUUUGUCUUAUCGUCGUGGCUAUAAUAUUGCAGGCCGUUGCAUUAGCCACACCAAACUGGAUAGUGUUUUCAUAUGAAGGGGUUGUAGGCACUAGAACUGGAUUGUGGCGGUCAUGUAGUGAAGUGAUCGGACUUGUUUUGUGCGAAGAAAGCAAUUUUCGUGGCGAAGGUUGGUUUAUCGCGGUUCAGGUACUGGAGACAGUCGGCCUUGCGUUUACAGUGAUUUCACUUAUACUGUCUAUGGUUCUUUUCCUAGCGGUAACAAGCAAAUUACUUGUUAAAGUGAAUAUCAACAUUUGCAGUAUUGGGGGUUCUUGUAUAGGAAUAGGCUUAACAAUAUUUGUAAUAAAGACGUUUACUGAUGACUCCUUGAAUCAUGGACAUUUUGGUUACUCGUACUGGUUGGCAAUAGCUGCUAUGCUAGUUCUAUGUAUUGUCUCCGGACUUCUUUGGUGUGACAAGAGGAAAAGUGGUCGUGCUAAUUUGUAAACAAAUCAGUUUCAUUGUAUGAACAUAUAUUGGUUUAAUUUGGUUUUCAAUGGCAAUAUUCAUAUUUUUGACUGCAUGAGAAUUUUCAGUAUAUUUGAUAUGUUUCAUGUUAAAAUCGUUGUACUGGUAUACAUUAUAAAAUAUUAUUUCCGCAGGAUAUUUCCUAAAUACAUAAUGAACAUUUAAACUUACUUUGGUUAAUUAUUGAUGAAAUGACUUUGUUUAAAAUAUAAUUGAUUUCUCUAACUUGGCUAUUUAUUUAUAUGCAGAAAUGUUAUUUAUAGGCGUACGUGGCCAAGUGCUUAAAGUCGUUUACUUCAAACCACAGGUCCCCUACCAUUGUAGGUUAGAAUUCCGCCAGGGACUGUGGAUUCUUUCAUUAGAGGAAACUCUCCAGUUAACUGAACGUCAGUGGUUUUACUCGUGCCUGAAAUGCAAGGAGGGGCGCUUGAGGUUUUCCUCCACCAGUAAAGCUGGAAAGUCGUCAUAUGACCAGUGAUGGUGCGGCGUAAACGCAACACACAAAAAAUAUAUUGUGUUCUAUUCUAAGUAAUGCAUCUAUUAAUGACACUAUAUCUUACCAUGUACUUGUAUAUUAUAGCUUUCACCAUUUUAGAAUGAUCAUAAAUUAUGUCUGUAUGUCAUGAUGUAUAUCAAAUUUUGUUAAUAAAACUAUAAUCUUAA